AUGGCGACCCAUCACUACCAGUCCCCUGCUCUUCCUAUGAAUGUCCCCUCAAAGGUCCCAGGCCCUGCAAGCCUCUAUCCCAUCAGUCGAGUGUCAGGAUCUCCGCCAGAUCUUUCCGAUGCAAGCACCACAACGGGUAGCCGUACCUCUGGCGGAUUCAGCUACAGCACCGGAAGUGCCAGCGGCGAUUACGAAUCCAGCUCGGGCUCCUUCUCGAGUGUGGACGUUGUUGAUGUUCUCAAUGACCGUUUGCAAAAUGCGUUUGACCCGACUUCACUGGAUAAGGGCCUAGCUAUGCAGGCGCAAGCCUCAGGUCAGCUUAACGCUAAGCAACAUGAGCUUCUUGAAUUGCAAGCUCUUGCCCAGCGGCGCUUGAAAGGUGUGCGUACAAGCUUCGCAGACGGAAUCAAGGUCGCCCGGGAGACCAAGCGAGAUCUAGAAUGGACCCAGAAGCGUGUCAACGAUUGUCGUCAGAUCCCGCUCCGCUCAGAGGGAGCGGAUAUCCGCUCCGCCGCUAUGGUGACUCUUGGCGGUUUCGUGGCUAGCAAUGUGACUGGAGCCCGCAGAGGAAGGAAUGGCACCUCCGCGGCGUGA